UUAUUUAUUUAUUAUCUAUUUUAUUUUUCGCCCUCUCGCUCUUGGAGAAGCCAAAACCCUCGAGCGGAGGGAGAGGAAGAGAGGAAGAAGAAGAAGAAGAGGAGGAGGAGAUCGCGAGAGAGAGAUCGAGAGGGAUGAAGAUCUUCGUGAAGACCCUCAAGGGCACGAGCUUCGAGAUCGAAGCUAUGCCCGAGGACAUGGUAGCUGAUGUGAAAAAGAACAUUGAGACUGCUCAAGGGCAGAGCAUUUACCCAGCUGACCAACAGAUGCUCAUACAUCAAGGGAAAAUACUCAAGGAUGACACAACAUUGGACGAUAACAAAAUUGCUGAAAAUAGUUUUAUUGUUAUAAUGUUGAGCAAGAGUAAAGGCUCAUCGAGUGGAGCUUCAUCUGCAGCAAAGGCACCCACAAAUCAGGCUCCAACUAGUAGUCCGGUGCCUCCAGCUGCUCCGACUCCCACACCCGCUCCCUCCCCUGCACCUGCAGCACCCACGGCAUCGGCACCUACAAAUGCACCAGCUCCCACUGCCGCACCUGCCCCAGCACUGGCAGUUAGCGCAUCCUCUGAAGUCGAGGCAUACGGUCAAGCUGCAUCAAACCUUGUUGCAGGAAGUGGUCUGGAGCAAACAAUUCAACAGAUUCUUGACAUGGGCGGUGGGACCUGGGACAGAGAUACUGUAGUUCGUGCUUUACGUGCUGCUUUUAACAAUCCUGAGAGGGCUGUUGAAUAUUUGUAUUCUGGUAUUCCUGAGAAUGUAGAAGUCCCUCAUGUAGCUAGAGCACCUUCAAGUGGCCAACCAGCCAAUCCAACAGCCCAAGUCCAACAACCAGCUCAGCCUGCAGCUCCUCCCUCCUCUGGGCCCAACGCCAAUCCCUUGGACCUCUUUCCCCAGGGUCUUCCAAGCAUGGGAUCCAAUGCUGGUGCCGGUAGCCUUGACAUGUUACGUAAUAGUCCACAGUUUCGAGCCUUGCUGGCUUUGGUUCAGGCUAACCCUCAAAUCCUACAGCCUAUGCUUCAAGAGCUGGGGAAACAAAAUCCCCAAGUUCUGCGUCUGAUUCAGGAAAAUCAAGCCGAGUUUCUUCGUUUAGUUAAUGAACCUGCGGAGGGAGGAGAGGGGAAUUUGCUGAGUCAGUUGGCAGCUGCAAUGCCACAAGCCAUUACAGUUACUCCAGAAGAGCGCGAAGCCAUUGAGCGUCUUGAAGCAAUGGGCUUUGAUCGGGAACUUGUUUUGGAAGUGUUUUUCGCCUGCAACAAGAACGAGGAGUUGGCCGCAAACUAUCUCUUGGAUCAUAUGCAUGAGUUUGAGGAGUAAUUAAACGACACAACUAAGAUCGAAGAGCUUUUGGAGAAAAAAGCCACACAGAGCACAUGCUUCACAUCAGUGUGUCUAUCAAUAACAGUUACUGUCUAGGUAAUAGUAUUGGGGUCACUUGAGGUUGGUUAUCUUUUCAUCUUAAAUUAUCGUUCUUCUUUUCUAUUUGGGGCUCAACUUUUGUCACAUAAAAAAGUUUUAUAUGAUGUCUUUAGAAACUUUUAAUUGUGUAUAAAGAUCAUGCAUCGUGGAUCGCCCUACUUCUUUCGAACCUUAUUACUUCUAUUAUGCCUAAUCUGCUAGAUUUGUUAUCCCUUUUAA